CGGACACCGGCGCCGGCUUUAAACGUUACAGGAGGCGAACUGGACUCAGAGUCUUGUCCCUGAUGCUGGAACGUGGCGGCUGGAAUACGGUGAUGGCGCCGCAGCACUCUACGGCGGGGAUGUGACAGUGUGUGACGUUGAUGGCCAGUCCUGGACCUGAGAACUGGGACACACUUCCUGCAGAGGUCAUGGUACAAAGCCGAGAAGACGAGAGUCUACCUCUCCCUGCUCUCCUGCCCCUGGGUGUCAGCGCCCCCACCAGGGGGGUAACCUUUCAGGAAUCUGUGGCCCCUCUCAUACAUCCUCCUGGCAGGAGGGGCCUUGAUGUAGUCCACUCCCCAGUGAAAACUGCCGCUCUGCCGAGUGAAAGUCCUCACAAGAGGGCGCUCUCCUCUCUCCCCGCAUCAGAGGAUACUCUGCAGGCUACUACUGGUUCGGCUCUUGUGGAUGGCAGUGGUAGAUACUUGGUUGCUGAAGAUUCUUCGUGUGUUUUGCAAACCCCAUCUCCGAAAACCAGAUGUAAAGUACCCCUGGGACAAAGUCUCGCCAGUAUGACUGACGCAGUGGCGCCCCCGACUCCAUGUCUGGCCAGUGUACAGAAUUCAUCCGUUCUUAUGACCCCAGUCGAUGAAACACCUGUGAAGGCGCCAAAGAAACAAAGCUGCAGGUCUAAAGCUAAGCCGCUGAACAUGAAGAGGAAGAAGAAGGUGGACCAGGAAUCUGCAGUCCCUCCCAUACAUCCUGCUGGCAGGAAGGGUCUAGGUGUAAUUCAGGCCCCUGUAAACACUGAGGCUCUGCCAAGUGACAGUCCUAAGAAGAGGCCACACAUCUGUCUGCCAGGAUCGCAGGACCCUCGUCAAGCUACUACUGAUCCUACUCUUAUGGACGGUGGGGAUAAAUCUCUGGCUUCUGAAGACUCUCAUAUCCUGCAUACACCUGUGAAGGUGCUGAAGAAACCAGGCCGCAAGAGUAAAGCUGAGAUGCUCAGGCUGAAGAUGGCUGAAGAGCUGGAGGCCCAGACCCAUGUGGAGAACAAUCAGAGUGACUCUGAGAACAUGGAAUUGGAGCUAACACAAAGCGGUCGUCCCAGGAGACGUGCGGCCAAAACGGCUAUGAAACAUUUUCUGGCUAUUGCAAAUGAAUGGGAGGCUUCUGAACUGCUCUCAUCAGCCAAAACAGAGAAGAAACCAGAGACAAAGAAGAAGGGCAAGAAGAGGAAGGCCGACUCUGAUGAUGACAUAGAUUUUGUAGUGUCAGAAGAAGUUCUUCAGCAGGAAAGGGAAGAGGUGGAGGAGGACUCCCCGAGUGGGGAGGACUCCGACUGCGACCUCAGCUUUUACAAGAGGAGCGUCUUCGCUUAUGGAGAGAAGUCGUAUCCAUUUGUGAGAGGCAAUGCCAACAACGGCCUCCACAAUUCUAUCAUGGCCCCGGUGUGGAGCUCUGCGCAGAUCACUAUGGACUUCCGGGAAGCCCAGUACUCAGACUGGGAGUACCCCGAAUGGAUCCCACGGAAAGACAGCUGGCACUUCCUGUCAUGCAGUGAGGCAGAGGUCUAUCUUCCAGAGCAAACAACCUCCCCUCCGUUCUGCAUCAGAAGAGAAGGUAUAAAAGAAGACCCUGACCCCCAUGUCCUCGGCAGGUUCCAGUCGCUGCCCUCUCACUCUCAGCGCUCUGAUGUGACGUUCUUCGCGGGGGGCCCAGUGUGGUCUCUGGAUUGGUGUCCGACACUUUGGGGUUCACAUUCCUGCCAGUAUGUGGCGCUGUAUAGUCACCGCGGCAUGGACGACCGGCACAGGCUUGAUGCUGUACACACAGGACCAGCACUUCUACAGUUGUGGAGCCUCGGGGCCCUCAGCCCGGAGAAAGGCGCUGACUCGGCGGCGUCCUUCUCCUACGGCCUGGCAGUGGACGACGGCUCCAUGUGGGACCUGAAGUUUUGUCCUAGUGGGGCAUGGGAGCUCCCCAGCACCCCCAGAAAGGGCGCGGAGAUGGCGCGGCUCGGUGUCCUGGCAGUGGCGCUCUCCAGUGGCCAUGUACAGAUCUACAGCCUACCUCACCCUGAGUCCCUGCAGUCCUACCGCAAAACCCAAGGAAGAGAUCCCGGGGAGCUGACCAUUUGUAAGGUGGACUGUGUGGUCAGACUUUACGUGGGAUCCAUCAAAGCUUGUAACCCUGGUGAGAAUGGUCAGUGCUUCAUCGUGGCCUGGCUGCCCUCCAAACCACACCAGUACCUGGCAGCUGGAUUCUAUGAUGGAACAGUAGCAAUCUGGGAUCUUCAGACCAAGUCUAUGCUGCAGAAGGUUCGUCAGGGCGGAGUGAUAAAGCAGUACCCGUUCUACAGCUUCUCCGCCCACGACAGCGCGGUGCGAGGCAUCGAGUGGUGUAAAGCCGACAGUAACUUCUUUGUGACCAGUGGAAACGACCGGCGUCUGAAGUUUUGGGAUCUCCGCCGUCUGCACACACCUGUCAAUAACAUCAGACGGUUCCAGGCCACGGAGUUGGCAUGGCUGCUGCCAUACUGUGGGGUGGCUGUGGCGCAGGACAACUGCUACGCCUCACACGGCCUGUGCGGCAUCCACUACGUCGACUCCGGCUUCCUCGGCUACAAGCCAUACUUCGCUACUCCCCGCAAGGGAACCGUCUGGAGUGUCUCUGGCUCGGACUGGUUGAGCGCCAUCACAUCGGGGGACAUUACCGGAGAGGUCAUGGUCAUCCUGCUACCCAGCCUGAAUGUGCAGUCCAUCAACAUCAAGCGGCCGUCAGAGCGCAGAUUCCCGGUCUAUAAGGUGGACUUCCUGUCCUCUGACCCACCGUCCACUGACUGCCCCGAUCCUGGCGACCAUGCGCUGGCCGGGCCCCUGGCUGACAGCCAUCACUGGGAACAUUUCAAGCCAAAGUCGUUCCGUGCGGCGACCGGACGCUUCAGCCUGCUGUUUCAGGAUAUGGAUCUGACGAACUUCCAUAAACUGAGCAGCCGGGAGCCCGUCAAGAGGAUGCAAGCCAACGAGCUGAAGGGCGACCUGAACAUGGAGCGUGUGCAGCUGGAGGCCAUACACAAGGUCCGGUUCAACCCAAACUUGGACUCGUACACGUGGAUGGUGUCUGGAGGUCACUCUGGCCUGGUCAGAGUCCACUGCGUUCGAGGUUUGCACUCUUCGGUUGGCCAGAAGAUGAUCCAGGAGAAGAGAGCACAGUUCCGGGCCAUGUAUGACGCUGCAGAGACUGUUGUGGAGUAUGAAUACAGUCCAGAGGUCCAGCAUUGUGUUGUGGAGGUCUAGAGACGGCGUGCCCGUCACCUCUACAAGUGAUUCUCCUGUUGCGUCCCCCGUGUAACUUCUGUUUUUAGUUGUUUUUAACUUUGUUUCUUUUAUAUGCCCUGAUGGACAUGUAUACAGCACUUCCACUGCCCAGGGUAGCCUCGUGGGCAGGAUUUUUGUAGCACAGGGUCCAGUGGUGAGAUGGAGUAGAAUCCUGCCACGCUGUUGACAUGUAUGAACACACAGACCUGGGUAGUAAAGACAGAGCCAUAUUCACAUGGUUCCAUGAUCUCAUCAUCGCUCACAUUGAGCUCCUUUAUGAGGUGACUUCUGGUUGUUUAUUAAAAGCCUCCUAUUUUUUA